AAGGACUCCAUGCGUUAAUGGUCUAAUAUCUCUGUCCAUCAAUGUCAGUCCAAGGUUUCCGCCAUCACGUUUGGUUCUACACAUGUUAUAAUGCGCGGCCGCUUGUGACGUCGCUGGUUGAUGUGUACUGAUGUUGGAGCACUAAGAAAUUUCCACACUACUGGAAGAUUGGUCAUUUACACUGCACCUUCUAUUGAUGCAAGAUACUUUUAAGAUCUAGUUCAGAAUGCCUGGAAAUGUGCGAAAGUUAAGAGAUGAAGACAUAAAUCCAUGUAUUGAGGAAGGUGAUGCCUCCAAGAAGUGCCUAGAAGCAAAUAACUACAACAAAAACAUGUGCAACUAUUACUUUCUGAGAUAUAAGAUGUGUAGGAAAUUCUGGAAUAAUGUAACAGUGCAAAGAAGGAGGAGUGGUGUUAAACCUGAAAUGCCAUCUGCCAAGGAAAGAAAAGAGAUUUUAGAAGAAUAUCAAGAGAAGCCCUACUGAUUAUACUCUUGAAAAAUCAAUAAAUGUGAAUUAAAAACCAGA